AUGAUUGCCUCAAUCCCAGCAGAUUACGAUAUCUUGUAUUUCGCAUAUUGUUUUCGUCCGCUCUUGCAAAUAAUAAUAUUUUCUCUCCUCAUGAUGUACAGUUUAUGGUACCUUCGAUUGGUAUUAGAAAUUAUAAUAGGACAACCAAUAACGACCUCGUUAAAACCAAUCGUAGCAACACCACAAGUCAAUCAAACAACACAGAGAAAUUUCGACGAAAAUAACAUUCAAUUUGUUCAUAAUUUAUGGCCACUUUCAAUAAGAUAA